UGUGGGUAAAGACGGAGUUAUCUGCCCAUAGAUGGCGUUGUUGUCGUGAAAUAUUACAUGGCCGACAUCUACAUCUCUUCCUGUUCCUCUAAACUACUACAAUGAAAUGUAUAGAAAGUUGUGUAUGGAAUGUAUCAUAACACAGUGAUUAUCAGAUGACAAUGCCCAUGGAUCAGAAUCAUCAGCAGCAUCAUGAGACAUGGCCAAAAGGUACUCAGGUUGUGGCAAAUUAUAACUUUGAUGGAUCUUCACCAGAUGAUUUACCAUUUAAAAAAGGAGAUGUGAUAACUAUUGUACAGUCCACAAGGGAUCCCAAUUGGUAUAAAGGAAGAAAUGAUAAUGGCAAAGAAGGAAUGGUGCCUGCCACGUAUGUACAGAAAAGGAAAGAAGUUCACUUACAAGCAAUGCCUUGGUAUCAUGGUAAAAUCUCCCGCGAGGAGGCAGAGGCUUUGUUAAAUAAUUUCCGUGAGGAGGGGGACUUCCUUAUUAGGGACAGUGUCCAUUUUCAUGGAGAUUAUACACUGUCCAUUUACUUUGAGGGUCUGGUGGACCAUUAUAGAAUUAUUGCUAAGAACAACAAAUUAGAAGUGGAUGGUGGUGACUGUUUAUUUGAUAACUUAAUACAACUUGUGGAGCACUAUGAGAAGGAUGCAGAUGGAUUAUGUACAAAAUUAAAACGUGCACUGCCAAAGAAAGGAGACAGCUUUGGAGCUGUGAGGAUUCAGGACUUUGAAGCUGGGGGCUGGGUUAUUCAGAAGAAGGAUCUGCAGGAAAUUGAAUUAAUUGGCAGAGGAGAAUUUGGAGAUGUAUACAAAGGUCUGUACAAAAAUCAAUUUGUUGCUGUCAAACAGUUGAAAGACCAGGACCGUGCAGCCCAGGCUUUUCUUAAGGAGGCAUCUGUUAUGACAUCAUUACGCCAUCCAAACCUUGUACAAUUAAUUGGUGUAGUCACUGGUGACCAGGUGAUUCGACUAGUAACAGAAUAUAUGGGAAAAGGAAAUCUUGUCGAAUACUUGAGGUCAAGAGGUCGUAGUGUCAUACAAAAGAAAGACCAGAUCGACUUUGCAACAGAUACAUGUUCUGCCAUGGAAUACCUAGAGAGUAAAAACUUAGUUCAUCGAGAUUUAGCAGCAAGAAACAUACUCAUUAAUGAGAACAAUACUGCCAAGGUUUCAGACUUUGGCCUUGCCAAAUAUGGAGAUUAUAGUACAGAGGGAGGCAAAUUCCCCAUCAAGUGGACAGCACCUGAAGCUCUCAAAAACAAUAAAUUUAGUAAUAAAUCUGACAUGUGGAGCUAUGGCAUACUACUGUGGGAGCUGUAUUCAUUUGGAAGGGUCCCAUAUCCCAGAAUUCCCCUUGCUGAUGUUGUGAUGCAUGUAGAGAGAGGAUACAGAAUGGAGGCACCAGAGGGAUGCCCCAAACAGAUUUACAACUUGAUGCUUCGAGCCUGGAAUUUAAAUCCUGCAGAACGCCCCACCUUCAAAGAGGCCUUACAAGAGUUACAGAACUUGAGAUCAACAACUGUCUAGUGAAUUUGAUGUGUAUAGUAUAAACAGUUAGAGAUGUUCCUGCAUAGAUUUGGUUUUAAGUGCUAAAUUCUCAAAAAGAAAGGAUGGCAGUUCUCCAGUGUAGGUAUUUUUUGAUUUGGCAUAAUGAAAAGUUCUGAACAGCUGUUGAUUAUUAUUUUUGUUUUACAAUAGUUCCAAAUUACUGUUCACUGCAGAAAUUUUUAUUUAAAUGUUACAGUAUGAUAACAUAUUCUAGUUCAGAUUGAUUUCUUUUAAAGCUCUUCCAAGGGAUCCUUUAAAAUCUCUAUCUUUUGAUGAUUUACGUUUAUUGUAUAUGUUCAAUGAUAGUUCAUGUAUAUUUGAGAAAUGUUGGUGUGUAAUGGUUCAAAUUUUGAGAUCAUAUAUUAAAGUUUUGAAGUUGAUCUUCAAUUCCAUAAAUAUCAUAAAUAUUUUGAUAUCCUUUUUUUUUUAUAUGCCAGUCUUAGUUCCUUUUGAUUGUUCAUCGAGGCUUGGAGUUGCAGUACUAAUGCUUGUAUUGUUAUAGUCAAGUAGCUCCAACCUUUUAAUUCCAUCCUCUUUAUGUCAAAUAUUUUAGUGAAAUGUUUGAGAUGUGAGAUGCUAGGAAGUCUUUGAAUAAUUUAGGCUGUAGGGUCGCAUACAAGGUAUAGGUUAAAAAUAACAGAGCCUUGUGGUGAUCCUGUAGAAGCACUUGCUUAAAAGUUGAAAAAUCUUAAACCUUUUCAAUGUGAUUUUUAAUCAGAUUAUCUACAGACCUACAAUGAAAUUCCACCCCAUUUACAGUUAUGUGAUAAAAGAAAGAAUUGUAACCUUACUUUCCUUUUUAUACAGCUUGCAUGUACCUUCAUGAGUUUUUAGAGAAGAAAAAUUUAUGAAAGUUAACCACUGUUAAGAAGUAUUUCAUAUCCUUUUUUUUUUAAAGGAGGUAGAAAACGGAAAAUAAAAUCUCUGUCAAUCUAUUCAAAUGGUAAAAUUACAAAAGAAAAUAGUUUGAAAGGAAUGUUUGUUUACUAUGCAUAUAUAACAUACAGUAACACGUUUAACAUUUGAUAAAAUGAAGUUUGUAAUUAAUUUAAUGUUCAUAAUAAUCUUAAACCCUUAUAACAUUUGAGGGAUAAGUACUUAACACCUCAAAAUUGAAAGUUCUUUCCUGUAUUAUUUUCAACAUUUUCAAUUGCUUAUUGUAAAGGGGGGUUUUCCUAGUAAAAAUUUUCAAAUUGUGUUCAAGGCUUGUCUCAAUAUCUUCGUCUCCUGAUGAGUUCCUUUAUUGGUCAUUGUGUUGCCAGAAAUUCAUUUUGCAAUUGUUUCACAAGGACAUGUAAAUUAUGCUCAAGAAUAUUUCCUCAUGAGCUAUGCAGAAAGUGCUAGCUGUUUGUUUGAUUAAUUGAUUGAUUUUAUUCUUUGUUUCUCAGAAUGAAUUUUUGAUGUGAAAGUGUAAAUAAAUGAUUCAAAUCAGCAUUUGAUGAACAAUAUCCCCAGUAAAUAGAGAUUACUAACAUUCUAUAAUAAAUUUUUGAUAUAGUGACUGUUUACACUAUGGCUAUUAUUUUUCCUUGAAACAGCAUUUAGUGCUUGAGCACUAAGAUUUAUAUGCAUGACUAUCAAAUUGAUUAUAUGUCAUUAAGUUCAGCAACAUGUUUAAAUGAUGGAUAUGAGUUUGAAAAUUAAUGUCCCUAUUUUGAAAGUUUGUGCUAUAAAUCAGUAUUUAUUUACUCUGGUGUUAUUUAAUGAUGUAUACAAGUCAGUAUCUUUAGAGGCAUAUUUUUCACUUUGACAUUUUUGCUUUCACCUUUGUUUAGUUUAACUCAUUUAAAAAAAUUCAUCAGUUACUCAUUUUGUAAGGUCAUAAUCUAGCAACAUGCAUGCACUCCAUGGAUGUCAUACAUGUAGAUGUAUGAAUAAAAUGAUGAGGCUACACAA